UGUGGACCUCAUCCAGUGAGGUCCGUCCUGUGUGACGUAGUUAGUCCGUGCAGACCUUUCCAGCGAGGCUCAGCCUGCCGUGGCUCUGUCCUUUCCUGUAGUGUCUGCUAGAGAGACGUGAGGCUGUUUGAGGCCCUGCUGUGGCCCCUCGCUGCAGGGUUAUAGGAAAACCUCAGACACGUGGACAGGAAACCUCCAUGUGUUGGUUAAAGGAAACCAGUCCAGGUUUCAAUCUGUAUUCAUUCUGUUUACCUCUUGUAGUCAUGAGCGUGAUGGAGUCCAGUGAGGGGACCCCGUGCAGUGAAGGAACGAGUCUGCAGUCAUGGACGUGAUGUGGGAGUCCCGUGAGCCAGUGAGGAGACGCCGUGCCGCGAAGGAACGAGUCUGCAGGACCGCAGAGAUGAAUUCCUCAGACCUGACUUGACAGCUGGGACUCAACUAUGACUGAGUUGCUAAAGAACAGAUUCCAGUCAAAUCUGAGGCCUUGAGCUGCCGUUGAGUCCACUUACGCCAUUGUGCACAGCUUCCAGCUGGGUUCAAUGAGCCGUUUCAUGGUCUUCUGCUGUGUUGAACCGGAGAACUAAAAGUGUCCAUAAGCAGAACUUUGACGCAGAUUUCAUCAGAGUUGGAGAGUUCAUCUGCUGAAGGAAAACAAAUGUAGCAUUUCUGUGUACAGUUGCUGUUAUUCCGCUUCUAAAUAUAAAAAACAUUCUUGUAAUGGCUUCCCUGGUCUUUCUCACGUUGGGUUUAGUGCAAUGAUGUUAGUUGAUGUGCUGUUGGCUCAAUGUUUUGGUGAGUUCUGCAUUAGACUGUUAAGGCCACUCGCCUUUGACAAUGCAGAGACCAGACGUUUAACUUUCACUUACUCAACAAGAACACUGUACGGCACCGAAGAACUUCAUACAUUACAGCACUGGUGCCGCUCACAUGCGCUGAUGGACACGUUGGUCAGACAACGAGGGACAAGUGGAGGCUCUGCUAGUUAAAAGGAUUUUUGGGCCAAUGUUGGAUUGCGUUCAAAUAACUGUCCUUGCUGUCUUCAUAAAGGUUUACACAUUUUAUAUUUCAAUAUGAUUACGAAGUUGACAAAUUAAACCUUGACCUACAUGUAUAGUAUCCAAUAAAUUCUAGUUUGUAGUAAACUCUACAUUAACAGUAGAGGACCAAUUUAGUUGAGGCUGAUUCUCUCAACGGACGUGCUGCACAUAUGUAACGGAGUGCCACAUUGAGGUACAAAAUAUGGGUUAUGGGCAAGUUAAAAUCUCAGUAAUCCAAAUGUUCCAUUGAAUCUGAUAGUGAUGAGCCAUGCAUGUAUCCUGUUAAGCCAGAGAUGUGGUUUGAAAUGUUUAACAUAAUGCUGAAAUCAAUCUGGUAAUUUUAUUGCACCACCUGACAGCCUUUUUUCCCCCCUUUGGGCUUAUUGUUGCCUACUUGAUCAACCAUUGCUCAAUCCUACAGUUGCAAAGGUUUCUAAUUUAUCCCCCUUUAUAACAGACGAAUAUGAACCGAAUUACUAGUUAAAGGCUCCCUGCCUGUCAAUCAAACUCAUUAGACGAUCACUAUAAAACGCAGGAAUCCUCGUGGAUACCACACAUAAGCUCUUUUUCGAGUUAAGCUGCAUUCGAUUUGAGGCCAUGCAGCUGGACCGUGCACCACUUUAACUUAUUUAAAUGUAAGAUGCAAUUUAUUUUAAUUUUAUUUGGAAUCGUCGAAACUGAAAAUGCACCGGAAGUGACGACACAACUUUCACUUUCAUCCGCGCUCACAAAACGUAAGCUCAUGGAAGAGAAUGAACUAUAAAUUGCGCGCGAGUCUCUUUGAAAGACGUCUCGUGUGUUGGCGGUGAACCGUGGCCCGUCGACGUCACCUGAGAGUGUUGAGGUAAUUGAGCUCGCCAUGUUAGGUCCGACCAGUCCUGCUUUUGGAGACGCCUCAUGCGCCUGUUUCCUGUGUCUUCCUCCACCUCUCGCUCUCAGAUGGACUUACCAGUGGAGGCAACGGUGCGCUUGGACCUCUUCCCCAACAGGGCGGAGGUGCGAGACGUCCUCAGGUCGCAUGGCUUGGCGUUGACGGACGUGAGCAGCGAUCGGGUGCGCGUGAAGGGCUCCCUUUGGAGCCUGAGGGCCGCGAGGGCCCCCUUGGAAGCGCUUUUCAGCAGGCGAGCCAUCUCUCGGGAUCCAGAGGCUUCCUCCGGAGCCAUUUCCAAACGCCCCGCCGCCGAGCGCUCAGCGCCCCGAGACCAGCCUCCGCGUGCUUCGCCGCCCUCUCCGGGCGCCACCUCGUCUUGGGCUUCUCCACCCGUCAAACAUCCAUCCUCUCCAGAUCACGGAGCUUCCGUUUCUCCACCACCGGACCAGCGCGGCUCCUCCGGGCCCAGAAGAGAGUCCGUUGUGGUCGACGUGGACGUUUUCAGGUACGCAGACCGGCUCCGUAAAAAGAACAUUGAAGAAAUUCUGUCCAGCCAUAAUGUGGAAAUGGAAGCGCAGGAAGUCGGCGAAAGCUGCGUCGUCGCUUUACUGGGGAAGAGCGCAAGAACAGCUGCCGGCAAACUGCAGAGCCUCAUGAAUGAUCUCAGCGUAUCGCUGCGCACACAGGACGUUCCUCUGGAGGACAUGGGUCGGGAAGGUCACGCUCUUUCCACGAGGAUUCGUGGAAAGGGAGACGUUCACCAGUCGGUGGUGGUGUGGCCGCUGAACGACAAGCUUCACCUGAUAGGGCCGUCCGCCGAGAGCCACCAGUUGAAGCAGAGGCUGCUGGGUAGGGCGGACGGAUGCGCGGCGAGGACAGCGGAGACAAACUCCAGGAGUAGAAGCAGCUCUCUGCCGGUCCAACGCAAGGACACAGGGGGGGAUGGCGGCGCCGUGGCGAGGUACCAGGGGGUCUGAAGCGAAAGGAUAUAAGGAAGAAGUGAGGAUCCUUGAGAAAAUGAAAGAUGAUGAGUGAAGUGCUCUUCGUGAAGGCAGAGACAGCACUCAACACGUUCUCUUUGCACUACGUUGACGUUGUUAGCACUAUAUCUUCUUCCUGUUAGGAGUCGAAUGGCGUCGUCUUGUUGUCUAACAGGUGUGAGUACGCGGUGAUUCAUAGUCAGAUUAGGGACGAUAGCAAUUACUGAUUUAUGUCUGAGGAAGUUGCAGUUUAUUGCUUUGUUAGAGUUCAGAAGAAAAAAAAAACGCCACUUAAGCGUCUAUUUACAGAAAAUAUGAAGCUAUGUAUCGUUAGCAACUGGUUAGCUUAGCACACACAGGGGGGAGGUGCAAACUUUGCCCUCCAGAACCAUCUAGAGCUUCAACCGGUGAUGUCCUGGGAACAAAGCCCGCUGUUUCCAGCGGUAGCCUGUUUCUAUUUGUACACAGAUACAGCAAUAUACCGUAUUUGUAAUAAAUCGACAUAGGAAAAGGAUGUUGUUUAGUCUUUUUUAAAGACUCCUUCCUUAUUGAUGAAGUGUAACAUUUGAAUGGUUCUGUCGGAUUAAUGUUGUUGUGUUGUUAUGUAUUCAGACCUCAACCUGAACAGACGGUUACGAAAUCAGCCUGAGAAUAUAUCAAGGAUUAGAGGACUUAUGUCUCAACAAGAUUUGGAAAAACUUGUCCAUGCAUUCCAAUCAAACAAAGAACUUACUUCAAAUCCUGCACUUGGUUCAUAAAGCACUGAAGGGUUUAGGCCCAGUGGUUCUGAUCUGCUGAAUUGUGGUACUUUCAACUACACUGCAAAUUGUACUCUAUUUUAGUUUUUAACAUUGUCAUUUUUAUCUUUUAUGUUUCAAUGAAUGUUCUUAACUGUUUUUAAAUAUCUUUGCUUUUGUGUUUGUUUUGGAUAUUUUAUGUGAAGCACUUUGAAUUGCUUCACAUAAAAUAUUCUGUACAAAUAAAAUUGCCCUGCCUUAGUGCAAUAAACUGAUAUUAUACUGACUGAAAUAUGAUAUGCUUCUGAUAUCGAACGUUCUACUCUAAUCAAGCAAAAAUAACAUUCAUUCAAGUUGUUUUGCUCACGCCAGUUAUUAUCUGAUAUAAAUCUCCUGUGUUUUGUUAUUGCCAGUUGCUCUGACUAUAAACGUCGCUGAUGAACUGAAUGGCUAAGACAAAAUUUAUGUGAAUUGUAAAGACUGAAGAAUAAAUAUAGCGAUUCAUUCAAUACUAA